AUGCGAUAUUUGAUGCGACCAAACAGUUCACUCGCAAAACGAAUCACCGAAUUCGCCGCAAAAGUCUCUUUCGAGAGUGGGCCGAUUGUUGGACUGCAGAUUCGAAGGACGGACAAGGUUGGAACUGAAGCUGAAUUUCAUGCACUCUCCGAAUAUAUGAAGUGGACAGAAUAUUGGUUCCGAAUACAGGAAUAUCGCCACGGUAAAGCAGUCAAACGACGUAUCUAUGUGGCCACUGACGAUCCAACAGUGUUUUCGGAAGCGAGAAAGAAAUAUCCCAACUAUGAGGUAUUUGGUGAUGCGGCUAUAUCGAACACUGCCAAUACGAGGAGUCGAUAUUCGAUUGAAUCACUGUAUGGUGUGAUCAUCGAUAUUGAGAUGCUUGCCAGAUGUGACUAUUUGGUGUGUACAUUUAGUUCACAAGUGUGUCGAAUGGGUUAUGAACUUAUGCAAAUACGGGUCGGUGAUGCGGGUGAUAACUUUCAUUCUCUUGAUGAUCUUUACUAUUACGGUGGACAACAAGCUCAUGAGCAAGUGGUUGUGGAGUCGUAUCAAGCCGAGUCAAAGGACGAAAUCGAUCUGGAGAUCGGCGAUACGAUCGGCAUUGCGGGCAAUCACUGGGACGGCUUUUCCAAAGGCACAAAUCGUCGCAACGGAGCAGUCGGCCUUUAUCCUUCAUAUAAAACACGCGAGAAAUGGAUCAUUGUACCAUUCCCUUAA